AUGGACGAGCAAGCCCGGAUCAUGCAUUCUCUCGGCGGUGUGAGCUUGGCUGGCCACUCGGUACAAGGCGGCAUGGCAUUGCCGCCUCCACAUGGCCACGACGGGACCGAUGUGGACGGAAGAAAACAAGACAUUGGUGACAUUCUGCAUCAAAUCAUGACGAUAACUGACCAAAGUCUGGAUGAAGCGCAGGCAAAGAAACAUGGGCUGAAUUGUCACAGAAUGAAACCUGCCCUUUUCAGCGUUCUCUGCGAGAUCAAAGAGAAAACAGGUCUGAGUAUUCGCGGUGCACAGGAAGAGGAUCCUCCAGAUCCCCAGCUCAUGCGUCUGGACAACAUGUUGUUGGCAGAGGGCGUGUCCGGGCCAGAGAAAGGGGGCGGGUCAGCGGCGGCUGCCGCGGCAGCAGCGGCGGCGGGCGGAGCUUCAGACAACUCCAUCGAGCAUUCAGACUACAGGGCAAAGCUCUCUCAGAUCAGACAGAUAUACCACACAGAGCUGGAGAAAUACGAACAGGCAUGUAACGAAUUCACCACCCACGUCAUGAACCUGUUGAGGGAGCAGUCCCGCACACGGCCCAUCUCUCCCAAAGAGAUCGAGCGUAUGGUGGGGAUCAUCCACCGCAAAUUCAGCUCCAUCCAGAUGCAGCUCAAACAGAGCACCUGCGAAGCCGUCAUGAUCCUACGCUCACGCUUCCUCGAUGCCAGACGGAAAAGGCGGAACUUCAGUAAACAGGCCACAGAGAUCCUGAAUGAAUACUUCUACUCCCAUCUCAGCAACCCAUACCCCAGCGAAGAAGCCAAAGAGGAGCUGGCCAAAAAGUGCAGCAUCACAGUAUCACAGGUAUCCAACUGGUUCGGAAACAAACGGAUCCGUUACAAGAAGAACAUCGGCAAGUUCCAAGAAGAGGCAAACCUGUACGCAGCUAAGACCGCAGUGAACGCAGCACACGCUGCAGCAGCCGCCGUCCAGAACAGCCAGACCAACUCGCCCACCACCCCAAACUCCGGUUCGUCAGGGUCUUUUAACCUCCCAAACUCUGGGGAGAUGUUCAUGAGCAUGCAGAGUCUGAAUGGGGAUUCUUACCAAGGGUCACAAGUCGGAGCCAAUGUGCAGUCUCAGGUGGAUACCCUCCGCCAUGUUAUCAGUCAGACGGCAGGAUACAGUGAUGCUCUGGGGGGGAACACCAUCUACAGUCCACAUGGCUUAAACACUAAUGGAGGAGGAUGGCAAGAUGCAACAACUCCGUCCUCUGUCAUUUCUCCAACAGAAGGCCCUGGAAGUGUGCACUCUGAUACCUCCAACUGA